AUGUCGCAUGAGUUAACUCGCUGGUUCAACGUACUCAGCCAUCCUGAUGGGCUUCCUAUUACGAGCAAGGCAACUGACCCGGAGAAGGCGCCAGUCAACACCAAGCGCCCACCGUCGUUCCAAACUUCGUUGACACAUUACUUCUCGACCACCCACACACGACCUUGUCACAUCAAUCGACUUCCUCAUGAGCUCCUUGAAGAGAUAUUCAGCUACAUGCCGUACUCCUUUGGUCAAGGACUCUUUACCGCCAAGCAUAUACAGCCCAUGCAACUCCCGGACCCGGACGAUGAACGUUCGCACAUCCUCUCUGCCGAAGAGGAGGAAGAAAUGAGAACAUCAAACGGAAGUGGGCAAGGCGACUGUUUGGCAGAGCUCUUCUUCCUCAACGGGUGUCUACGAUUCUGUUCGAACAGAUACUGGAACUUCCUGUCAAUAAUGCGCGUAUGCAAGCGCUGGAACGCGACGAUUCGUAUGAGCCCUCGCAUCUGGUCCUCAAUACCUUCUUUCACCGAAGGAGACGUGCGCCGGGCGGUGGAGCUAUCGCAAUCAACAUCCUUGUAUCUUUUCCGAAUAGAAUCUCACAAGGAUUGGCCCUCGAAGGAAUGCUUCACAUCUGUCCUUUCAUCCGAAGUUGCGCGCGUCCGCGAGAUAUGGCUCGACAGGGAGAUCAUGCGACUGGCUGACUGGGGGCCAGGCAGUAUAUUUGACGUCCUCUCUUCCCACGAAGCGCCACAGCUUCGCCGCCUUCGUCUUCUUGCCCACCGCGACAACCACGAACUGAACACCGAUAGUUGGACCUCGACCGUGUUCCCCUCUCUAACGUUGGUUGACAUGCGCGCCAUCACCAUGUCGUCUUCAUGCGCACUCCUCUCCCCGACGUUGACAGAGCUGGUUCUGACAGAUUGUCAUAUCAAUUGGACUUCUGCCGCGGCGCCCGUUUACCUUCUUGCCCGACUUCCCCUUCUGGAGGUUUUCGAUCUUUUUCACACACCAUUACCCUUUGAUCUGGGUCAUCGAUCCUUUACUGCGCCGUCAGAAAUCGUCUAUCCACUCACCACCCGUUUACGGGUCAUUGGACUGGAUGGCUCGCUACGCUCCAUCCAUCGCGUUCUGGACCUUAUCCAGUGCCCACCCGGAGAGAAGAGGAUAUCCCUGUCCUAUCGUCACAGUCCUGGCGACGUAGGCACUGCACAUGACAUCGCCUGGGCCUGCGAACAUAUUCGAUCCCUUGCCCUCUUGUUCCCUACAAACUUCACCUUUCCGGGCUUGGAGAUCGGCUUCGAUCUGGAGAAGAGGAUUAUCAGGACAUGGAGCCGGAUACCGGACGAAGGAUAUCGUUGGAAUAAGGUUACUUCCAACCCGUGCAUCACCGUCGAACAUCAAUGGCCCGAUACCAGUGACAGUAUCGCCGUGGACGUCCUCUCUCUGGCCACUCGUAUGCAUGAGCCGUUCAUCGUGAACAUCCCGAACAUGAUCAUGGACAUCGAAGUCGAAGGAUGGCUCGUCAACAUCAACAACGCGAAUUUCACUCCUGAAACAAUCUACGCACACAUCGCCUCCUACCUUCCCAAGACGACCGAGCUACGCCUCCGUGGCGCGGCCGCUCACUCCUUCCUUCCGUGGCUCAUGACGAAGACCAAAACACCGAUCUUCCCUCCCCUACGCUGCCUGGAGCUCUCAGCGGUGAACUUACAGGAGUGCAUAGAUGUCCGCGAACCGCAUCCUACCCAUAUCCUCUUUGCGGUACUCUGGGCCUUCCUGCACCUGGACGAGCUGAGGGAAAUGAAAACUACCGUCGGCUUCGGCGGCGACAGACUGUUCGGCGAGGUCAGCCUGACACCAUCCAUGGAGACAGAGCUCGCUGUCCUGCUCGGUUCGCACUUGUGUGUGCAGCAAUCGUUUUAUCAUGUCGAUGAAGAGGUCGAGAUUGAGGUGCGACGAACUCCAGGAGAGUCAGAGGAGACUCUAACCAUGCAUGCGGGCGGUGAUACCUUGAACAUAAUCGGUCUUAGACUGGAGUCUCCGAGGCCAAUCAGCCCACUAGAAGCGAAGGUUCGGGGCUUAGAGAGGUAUUGGAGGAAAGCGUGA